AUGUCUAUAUGGUCAUAUGAAGCUAGGACCCAACUACUAGGGUUUAAGCUCCUCAGCCUUCUCUUCUAAACCCCAAACUAAUUUGUCUCUUCGCCCACCACUGCAAACCGGGCUUCCAUGGCUCCUCAGCAUCUCGCUCUGUUCCCUAUACCACAAUACUAUCAAGUAAGAUCUGUCUGCUCUCUUCUUCACUCCUCAUUUCUUCAAAUACGCCUCCUCAUUUAACUCCUACUCCCUAUAUUUUCUUCCAUGUGCUUCAAUUCCCAUGUGGGUUUCUUCAACAAGGUGGGUUUCUUGUAGAAAAUUUAUCACCCACGUUCAAUUAACCCGAUUUAAUUCUGUUUGGGGUCUUGCCCAUUUGAGCCCUGCCGCGCAAUACCCAAUUGCUGAAGAACAAGCUGUUUAUACCUAUAGCAAGGACUCUGUUGGUGAUCGUUUUAUUGAUUUAAAUACAAGUAGAGUUGUUGAAAUCUUUUAUAAUUUGAAAAACGAGCCUAAUCUCGCAUGGUCGUUUUUUACCCAAUUGAAAGAAAGCGGUUUUCAGCACAAUGUUGAUACGUAUGCGGCUUUAAUCAGAGUACUGUGUCGUUGGCGCUUGGAAAGGAAGUUGCAGUCUUUGUUAUCGGAGAUUGUUGGGUCAAAAGAGAGUGUAUUGGGUUUUGAUAUUACAGCUUUGUUUGAUGUUCUGAGGGAGGGAGGGGGGGAAGUUGAGGGUGAGCAUUCGAGUGUGCUGAUUCUGGUGCUUGAUAUGUUGGUUAAGGCUUAUGUUAGGGUUGGUAUGUUUGAUGAGGCCAUUGAUGCUCUAUUUCAAACAAAAAGACGAGGGUUUGUUCCUCCUAUAAUGUCUUGCAAUUUUUUGAUGAAUCGUUUGAUUGAACAUGGGAAGAUAGAUAUGGCAGUGGCAAUUUAUCGGCAUUUGAAGAGGUUGGGUUUGAACCCAAAUGAUUAUACUUAUGGCAUUUUCAUAAAGGCACUUUGUAGGAAGGGUAAUUUUGAAGAAGCUGUUGAUGUGUUUAGGGAGAUGGAAGAAGUUGGAGUGAACCCUAAUGCUGUCACAUGCAGUACAUAUAUUGAAGGGCUUUGUUCCCAUAAGAGGUCGGAUUUGGGUUAUGAAGCCCUCCGAGCAUUAAGAGCAGCAAAGUGGCCAAUUGAUACCUUUGCUUAUACAGCAGUUAUUCGUGGGUUUUGUAGUGAGAUGAAAUUAAAAGAAGCAGAGGACGUCUUCAUUGAUAUGGUAAAUGAAGGGGUAGCCCCUGAUGGGUAUAUCUAUGGUGCCUUAAUUCAUGCUUAUUGCAAGGCUGGGAAUUUGCUUCAAGCUGUGGCUCUGCACAAUGAUAUGGUGUCAAAUGGAAUUAAAACAAAUUGUGUCAUAGUUAGCUCAAUUCUUCAAUGCCUGUGUGAAAUGGGCAUGGCUUCUGAAGUGGUGGAUCAAUUUAAGGAGUUCAGGGACUCAGGGAUUUUCCUUGAUGAGGUUUUGUACAAUAUUGUGGUGGAUGCUCUUUGUAAACUGGGGAAAGUGGAAGAAGCUGUGGAAUUGCUGAAUGAAAUGAAGGGUAGGCGCAUGUCUCUGGAUGUCGUGCAUUAUACAACUUUGAUUGCUGGGUAUUGUCUCCAAGGUAAACUUGUUGAUGCUAAGAAUAUGUUUGAAGAAAUGAAGGAAAGGGGCAUUGAACCUGAUAUUGUUACCUAUAACAUACUAGUUGGUGGGUUUUCUAGAAAUGGCCUCCAAAAAGAGGCACUUGAGCUUCUCGAUUGCAUUGGGACACAAGGCCUGAAACCCAAUUCUUCCACACACAACAGGAUCAUUGAAGGUUUAUGUAUGGCAGGGAAAGUGAAGGAAGCUGAAGCAUUUUUAAAUACCUUGGAGGAUAAGUGUUUGGAAAAUUAUAGUGCCAUGGUUGAUGGGUACUGCAAAGCAAACUUUACAAGAAAGGCAUAUGAACUAUUUUCUAGGCUUUCUAAGCAGGGAAUUUUAGUUAAGAAAAAAUCAUGCUUCAAACUACUAAGUAGCCUCUGUAUGGAAGGGGAGUAUGACAAAGCUCUUAUAUUGUUAGAGAGAAUGUUGGCUUUGGAUGUGGAGCCUAGCCAAAUUAUGUAUGGUAAACUCAUAGGUGCCUUUUGUCGGGAUGGAGAUAUGAAAAGGGCUCAAUUGGUGUUUGAUAUGUUGGUUGAGAGAGGAAUAACUCCUGAUGUCAUCACCUACACAAUGAUGAUAAAUGGUUAUUGCAGGGUGAACUGCUUGCGAGAAGCCCGUGACAUUUUCCAUGAUAUGAAGGAGAGAGGAAUUAAACCUGAUGUUAUCACUUACACAGUUGUGCUUGAUGGUCAUUCGAAGGUAAAUUUGAAAAUGGCUCGUUCCCUUCAAUUUUCAAAGGGAAGCGAAGAAGGAAAAAUGGAUGCUUCACCUUUUUGGAGUGAAAUGAAGGAAAUGGGAAUAAAACCUGAUGUUGUUUGUUACACUGUUUUGAUCGAUAGUCAUUGCAAGACAAACAACCUUCAGGAUGCUAUUAACCUGUAUGAUGAAAUGAUUGCUAGAGGACUACAACCUGAUAUUGUGACAUACACAGCUCUUCUGUCCAGCUGUUGCAGUAGGGGUGAUAUGGAUAGGGCUAUAACCCUUGUUAAUGAGAUGUCAUUUAAAGGGAUAGAACCAGAUAGCCGAGCCAUGUCAGUGCUGCACCGUGGUAUUUUAAAGGCCCGGAAAGUGCAAUUUCGUUAGUAGACACUUUGAUAAUCAGUGGCUAGAAGAACCAAAAUUAUUUAUAUUAGCCCAACCACGUGGUGUAAGUGUUUAUAUGGAAGGGUGAAUUCUUGACGUUGGCACAGGCUUGAAGAAAUGGGAGCUUUGUGGCGGGACGCUUGGAAGCCAUUUAUUUUCAGAUGUUGUUUGCGUUGGGUCCAGUGGACUCUUAAGACUUUAAAAAGCAUCUACACGUUAAGAGAAGUCCACUUAGGUUAACUCCCUUGUAAGCUUUAUAAAACAAUCCUCAAGGGCUUUACAGAGUGACAAAGCAAAGAAAAAAGGUGCUUUGAGGGACUUAGAAUGGACAUGAAGAUGGAGAAACACAGGAAUUGGUUGAGAUGUGUGAAGGGUGUUGUUGGGGAUACAAUCCAGAGAUGGAGAAAAAAGACUGGUGAGGAUGGAGAAAAUAGAGUUAUUGAUGAGAAACAGAAUGAUUUUGAGAUUUUUCCAUUCUCAUUCCCUAUUCCAAUGUUCAAAACACGGACGCAGCUCGUUGAUAAGGAAAUCAUACAUCAUUCAAUUAUUUUACUCAAUGUAACCUCUUGUGCUCUAAUGAAGAUCAGACCUCUUCAUCACUCUGCACCAAAGGCCAUUCUUGGUAUGGAUUGUUGCUCCUGUGACCAACUCCACAGAUUCAGGACCUCCUUUCAGCUCAACAUCAAAUUUCUGCAGCAACAUGGUCAAUGCAAUGGUCGACUCCAUGAGUGCAAAUUGGUCUCCCACACAUUUUCUCGGCCCUCCACCAAAGGGUAAGAAGGCGAAGUCUGCAACAAUCUGGUAUUUCCACAAACUCGGUUACUGAUUAUAGCAAUGUGAUGAACAUGAGGGUUAAGUGGAAAAAAGAGUGGUUAGUAGUAACCUCAUUGGGGUACAAUGCUCCAGGGCUCCGUGAUGGAUCAAAGCCAGACCAUCCUUCAAUGUCGCUGUUCCUUGGUACUAGGAACCUCUCUGGUUCAAAUUCAUGGGGGCGAUCCCAGAAGUAUGGGGACCGAUGGAGGUUAUAUACCUGAAAAGGAUGCGGGUUUAUGGAGAAAAUGUGUACAUGGUGGAAAGCAGAAAAGCAAGAGCACAAAACAGAAGUGAUGGAAGUUGUUCUACUCACUGAAAGAAAGAUAUCAGUCCCAGCAGGAAUUGAGUGGCCGUCCUUUUUACCCUUGUAUCCACCUGCACAAGCAAACAUUUCUAGGCUUAACCCGAGUAUUAAAACAACGAAACCCAUCUCAUGCCUACAUUAAGAAAAAGAAAGCAGAACUCGUCCGUUCAUUAUCAUUGUUUUUUUCUUUUGUUCACUCAUUAUCAUUUUUUUUUCUUUUUUUGAUAAUGAAGAAUCAACACUACAUUUAUCUUAACUGUCAGAGAAUUAAACUCAAGUGAUAUGGACCCAUGGCUUUACCCUA